AUGAAGAUCAGGCCGGACAAGUUCUAGCAGGGGCACCCAACGGCAAUUUUCGGGAAAAUAUCUGUUCGGAAGACGAUUUGAGAACUAGAAUUUUCGGAACAUUUGUUGUAAAAUUUCUUGCUUGCCUGCCUUUCCUAGGAUUUUCGAACAUCUACAAAAUGGUAUAAUUACCCAUUUUAAACGGAUAUUUACCCUAAAAAAGGCCACCUAGAAUUUUCGGGAGCCUUUUCCUAGCUGAAAUUUUUCGAAAAGGUAAGUUUUGAUCCCUAUAAUUUUCGGAUCACUAGACUUUCAGCUAGGAAAUCCGAACAGAUGAAAAGUUUUUAGGGGAUAAAAAUAUGCCUAUAUCUACCGUUUAAAUACUAAAAUACGUUCAACAAUGCUAUGUUAAGUGGUUUUGAACUAUAUCCUCGUUGGGUGCCCCUGUUCUAGGAAAGCCUUUUUACUAAGCCCUUACAGUAGUACACUUGAAAUGUCUUGAGGACACACGAAACGUUUCCAAAAUUAAAAACCUUCACUGAGCUAGUUAUAGAUUGAUAAUAUUUUCUAGCGAUGAAGAAUUAGGAUAAGUUCUCUAAUGGCCUAAACAUUUUUUUAUAGAGUGGAACCCCUUUAUUAGUACCACCGUUGGGCCAUGGAUAAUAGAAAGACCAAAACAGUUUGGUCGCGGUUGGUCAUGCAUCAGCGAAUUAACAGAUAGCGGUUGAAAAAGCACGCUUAUUUCCGUUGAAAGACGUAAAGCCCUCUUCCGAUCACUAAAUGAUAAAAUUUCUAACUUUUGAUAACUUGUUUUCGCCACAACGACAUUCCUUGCUAAAACCCGUAGUAGACUGACGACGGCUACCACAGUUUUCCCGCCAAAAUGCAACCUCGUCCCCAGGGCUUUUCCCUUAAAAAAUGGGUGGACCCCAUCCAUUUUUUAAGGGAAAAGCCCUGGGGACGAGGUUGGCCAAAAUGACGUUGGUAAUCGUACGCGUGCACUACUUAAAGGGUGCGUUCUUUGGGGAUGAUCUGGAUCAGGAUCAGUGAUCCGAGACCAUUCUGAUCAUGGUAGAUCAAAUUAACCGAUGAAUCCACUAUGGACAAGGAUUCAUCGGUUCAUUUGAUCUACCAUGUUCCAAAUGAUCUCGGAUCACUGAUCCUUAUCCGGAUCAUAUCAAAGGAACGCACCCUUACUAUUGAGAAAAUCUCGAUCUCGUAGUCGACCUCGUCUUAGAAUCUAAAGCUCUCUAGUAUCCUGUCGAAAACUUGAUGUAACAAGCUAUCUCUAGUUUCAUAUGCGGUGGGAACAUUUUUGUAAUAUAUUUUUCGACUUCAGUGGCGUCCAAGCAGAACUGAAUUUAUUCGCGAUUACUACAGGAUAAUAGUGAUGAAUUCUGGGAUAGCCUACCAUCGUCCGAUCGUCUCAGUCGUCUGAGAGCGUUUCCAUAUGAUCGCUUCAAAAUUUUCACGAUCGUCCCGAUCGUCCUGAUAGAUCUCAGCUCUAUCCAACUCUAUCUAUCGAGGUCCUGUUAGUAGUCCGGGUAGCCUUUCUAUUUGAUCGUCCCGCUCUGAAAAUUAUUUGAGACGACUGGAACUAUCGGGUACGGGACGAUCCGGACGAUCAUAUGGAAACCAGGCUUUGAAAGAGUCACACCAGUCACUAGACAAGGCGAAUUCAGUAGACGUAGUAAAUCUAUGAAGAAAAUAACAGCUUGACUUCAAGAGAUGGCCGGUGGUCCACCCAGGACUAGGUGGUGUUUUAUAUCAACGAGGUUGUAGAAGAAGGAUAUGACUGGACUUUUGUUCGGGCCAGAGAUAAUGGUUUUACUUUGUCGUUCUACGAUACAGUUAACGUUUACCCGUAACAAAACGCUGCCUAGUUUUCAGCCAUAUAUGGGGAGUCUCCUUGUUUUUAUCUUGUUAACAGCCGGUAUGCGGUACACCUCCUGCUGGACUGUAAUACCAAGUUUGUUAGAUAGAUUUUGUAGUUUAAUAUAACUUUAUUAUAGGAAAUUAACGCGAAUUAAAUCAACGGGAAUUUAGUACAAUAAGUGGAAAACGACUUUGGAUUAACGCAUUACGUUCACAAACAAAAAAUAUUUUACUUACUCUGAAUUCCAUUGUGCCGUUUUAUCGAAGGACGCAGUUGAAAUUUUUGAAAUAAGAUAUUCGGCAUCUCACAAAUUUUUCACAACCGUUGUUUGACCCAUAAGAAGAUAUAACUUUGGGGGUUUGCACAGUCAUAUUUCCUCUGCAGAGUCCUUUUUCUGUAAUUUUCAAGAAUAAAAUCAAGUGGAAGCUGAUUACGUAGGGAAAAUAGGGCUUCCGACGUCCCUUAGCAAAAAUCUGCUCGAUUCUGCUGAUAGUGAAACCAAUUAUACUGAAGAUAAAAAAGAGACAUUUACCUUAGAACGACUCUUAAUCAUGUUUAGACUAUACUUGAUAAGUUUUGCGCCAGCACGAAAAUCAUACCGGACUGGACUUCUGUUCACACAUUUUAUAAGAACAGUGAUUUAGGUGCGAUUUCUGUAACGUAUGAAGCUGCGCCGGGACGAUCUCAAAAGUGAAACGUCAAAUAUCGGAUAGUUUCUGUGCCACACUUAAGUGUAUUUUAUCCUGCGAGCCUUUAUCCGCCGAGCUUCACAUCUCGGUAGAUUUACUUUGUGGUCUAGCUAACGGCCGACGAGCUACACAACUCCGCGGUAGAUUUACUCUGUGGCACUACGGCCGCCUAGUUACACAACUCAGUUUUAAUUUGUGGCACAACAGACGCUGAGCUUCACAACUCGCCGGUAAAUUUACUUUGUGGCACAACGGACGCCGAGUUAAACAACCUGGUUUGAUUCAUGCACCAGGAGUAGCACGCAUUUUCCAAAGAAAAAUAUGAAGGCUUAAUCCAAAGUAAAAUUUUACUCAGGGUGUAAACUUCCAGCACACUUUUGAAAGUGAACGCUUUGGAAGAUUCAUCAAACGCAGAUCGAUAGUAGACCUUCAGGAAACUCUUAAAUAUGUACGCUUUACGAAAAUUCAGCCCAAUUUUAAAAGAUGAAAGAUUUUCGAAGAACAUUUUUGUAAUAUUUUUUUCGACUUCAGCGGCGUCCAAGUCGAACUGAAUUUAUUCUCGAUUACUAUAGGAUAAUAGUGAUAAAUUCUGGGAUAGCCUACGAUCGUCCGAUCGUCUCAGUCGUCUGAGAGUGUUUCCAUAUGAUCGCUUCAAAAUUUACACGAUCGUCCCGAUCGUCCGGAUAGAUCUCAGCUCUAUCCAACUCUAUCUAUCGAGGUCGUGUUAGUAGUCCGGGUAGCGCUUCCAUAUGACAUGAUCGUCCCGCUCUGAAAAUUAUUUGAGACGACUGGAACGAUCGGUUACGAUCAUAUUGAAAUCAUGCUUUAUGCACCCCAAAAGAGUCACACCAGUCACUAGACAAACCGAAUUCAGUAGACGAAGUAAAGCUAUGAAGAAAAUAACAGCUUGACUUCAAGAAAUGGCCCGUGGUCCACCCAAGACUAGGUGGUUUUUUAUAUCAACGAGGUUAUAGAAGAAGGAUAUGACUGGACUUUUGUUCGGGCCAGAAAUAAUGGUUUCACUUUUUCCUUUUACUAUACAGUUUACGUUUACCAAACAACAACAAAAAUUCAUCUCGUUUGUGCAUAGUAUUUAGGAUUUGACUGAUCUUGAUGGUUAGUUUUGUGUUAGUGAAAUUCUCAUUACGAUGGGAAUGGGCUAGCUGGUCAGUUCCGACAUGAGCACCCUAAGGCCCAGUUCAGACUUCGUGCUUCUGCCGUGCCGAACUUAAUUGUAAUUUGGUUCGACUGUAGCACGGUAGGAAAACAAUUUUGAUUCAGACGUCGUGCCAGAGUCGAACCAAAUUCAGGAUUUACUGAUGCCUCGUAACAAUUCUUCUCCCAACUCCCCGUGGGAACGCAAUCUCCCCAAAAUACAUUAAUAUAAUUUAUGAAUUUUGUUAAGCGCGGCAGAAGCACGACGUUUGAAUCGCUGCCGUGCCAGAGCCGUGUAGCACGGCAGCGCUUGUUGAACUUAAUUGCUUGCCGAACUUAAUUCAAAAGUUUGAUUCAGACGCCGUGUUUCUGCCGUGCCGAACUUAAUUCCUGAAUUUAGUUCGGCACGGCAGAAGCACGACGUCUGAACUGGGCCUAAGAUAGACACGAAAGCUAUCCGAUAUAGUCGAAUAUCCUGAGUCUAUGUUCCGGCGGAACUUGGAUUAUUUUUUCUUAUCUUCCUUAUGAUUGAUUUAACCGACGGUAAACUAAUAGCUGAUGAUUCUGACAGCAGGCAAAAAGCAAGGCUGCCGGUUCAAGUUCACAAACUAAACAUAGCAAAGCAAGAGUUGCGCUCAGAAAGCACCAUGAUUCAUUUUAUCUCCUUUGUGCUCUUUGUUUCUAUGUUGCAAUCAAUGGAUUCGAUCACAGCCCAAACACAGAAUCAGUUAGGUUCAAAAAGAGCUCAGCAAUGUCCAGCCAAUAACAACUUCUACGCUGGACCGAAUAAAAAGCUCGAGAAUAUUAUGUUUGAAAUGAAGAAGCAACUGGAUGAAAUUCAGAAGGAACUUAGAAACUUAACACAGAAAACAAAAAAAAUGGAAAACAAGACCAAAGGUAGCUAUCUACGAUUUGUUGCUUAUGGUAUAUUGUUCUAGUCUAGUAUAAAUCUAAUUGGAGUAUUCAUUUGAAGUAAAGUGUAAGACUGACAUAACGUGGUUAUUGCAGAAGAAUGUUCUUUUUCUUAUUUCUAAAACUUGACUUGGUCUCUCAACUAACUACGAUUACUAAACUCAACUAACUAUGAUUUUCGGAACAUUUGUUGUUAAGUUCUUGGACGCAUGCCUCUUAGGAUCUUCGAACCUCCCAAACAUGGUAUAAUUGCCCAUUUUAACGGAUUUUUACCGUAAAAAGGUCACCUACAAUUUUCGGGAGCCUUUUUUCUGGCUGAAAUUUUCGAAAAGGUAAGUUUUGAUCCCUAGAAUUUUCGGAUCACUAGACUUUCUGAACUUUCUGAACUUUCUGAACUUUCUGAAAUCUGAACAGAUGAAAAAUUUUUAGGGGAUAAAAAUAUGCCUAUAUCUACCUUUUAAAUACUGAAACACGUUCAACAAUGCUAUGUUUAAGUUGGUUUGAACUAUAUUCUCGUUGGGUGCCCCUGGUUUAUUUAUGGCAUCAACAAAUAUUGUUUCUGUCUUGAAGUGACAUUUUUUUAAUACCUACUUAGUUAUUAUAACAAAGAGAAAAGCGUAUUAAAAAUGAUACCAUAUUGUUCCUAUUAAUCCUGCAGAGAUUUUUUCUUCUAGUCCAAUCACAAAGGCUGAAAAAACGAAUUGAGAAACUGAAAAGCGUCUGAUUAAAGACUUAGGUCAUUUUACGCACGAGAUAAAUGAUCAUGAAAUGAAUUUCAUCACGUAGUCUGUAAAGAUUCGAUUCUGUUGGACUCUAAUUUGAAUUCUUCAUUUUCCUUUUAACAAAUCUUCUUCUUCGGUUCUUCAGCGAUCCAUUAUCGCAAAAACUGUGCUGAAGUGUACAAGUCAGGUGAUAGGAUCAGCGGUGUUUACACAAUCGACCCUGAUGGUUCAGGGGCCUUCGACGUGUACUGUGAUCAUAGUGCCCCCGGUGGGGGGUGGACAGUGUUCCAAAAGAGACUGGACGGCUCGGUUGAUUUCUACCACGGCUGGAAUGAUUUCAAGCUUGGCUUUGGUAACCUGAAUGGCGAGUUUUGGUUGGGGCUGGAUAAGAUUUAUCGCCUGACCAAGAAUGAACGUUGCAAACUUCGCGUGGAUCUCGAAGACACCGCGGGGAAGACAGCCUAUGCCGAGUAUGACAUGUUUGCUGUAACAAGCGAGAGAACCAAGUACCAGUUAGGAAUUGGAACUUAUUCAGGUGUGUAGGCUCAUCAUCUGAACAGGACUAGAAUAUGAGGUCAAACAUUUUCGUCGUUGUCUUCUACUCAUGCCGAUUUCUUUCAGGAUGUGAGGAUCACAAGUUUAUGGAGUCCAACAUUAUGGAAAGUUCUUUUUUUUAAUCUGACAUGUUUUAGCCUCUGUACAGCUCGCUUCUCUCGAGAAGGCAACGUUAUGUUUUUUCAAUUAUCCAGUCGCUCUCUCCUCUGUUGCAGAUCACUCACUCCUUUGGCGCGAAAACAUUUUCCGCAAUUUGUAAAGCAGUUUGCGCGGCCAAAAUUAAGAGUAUGAGAAGAGAUAUAAAAAGAGUUCAGAUUGUAGUGGGGAGAGCAAAAGCCCAGCCUAUAGGCCGCUGAUUAAAAUUGUCCUUUCACCUUUAUCCCUCACAAGAAAGCCUGUAUGCAUACUGGAAACCUAAGGCAGUUGGCAUAUGUUGGUUUUUCUUUCCUCGAAAUCUCUGUGCGGUUAACUAUGUUUUCACAAUUUCUUUUUCUAACAACACACAAAGCGUCUUAAUUUAUUUUAUUAACGACAUUAGCUAAUGAAUUUAGAAUGCUUCACGAAGUACUAAACUGUUUUGCAAUUUGUCCGUAGGAACAGCUGGGGAUUCUUUGACCUAUCAUAGAGGUCACCCUUUUUCAACCAAAGAUCAGGAUAACGACAACUGGUCCAAACACUGUGCGGAGCACUGUAAAGGGGCUUGGUGGCACGACACUUGUCUUACUUCCAAUCUUAACGGCCCAUACCGUCAUGGAAAAUUUUCAUCCAAAACUUCAUCCGACGGUGUGGUCUGGGUUGAUUGGAAAGGAGUUGAUUACUCCCUGAAGAGAGCUGAAAUGAAGAUCAGGCCGGAAAAGUUCUAG